UAUCCAAAAUGUCAAGAAUCCUGCUUCUUUUGGCCCUAGGUCUUGUCUCACUGACACUUUGCCUUGAGAAUAUUGUGACUGAGAGAGACGAUGGGAAGUUUUAUAAGAGAAAUAAUAUUUUUAUCUUGAAUGAUAGAAAUCACCCAAGUUUUGUGAAUCUGUAUAAAUACGUGUUUGUGUAUUAUAAGGACCAAGAUGGAACAGACGAGGACUUGGAGAUUAGAGGGAAGUUAGAGGAGUUGGCCAUAGCACUGGAGAAUAUUACACCUAAAGCCUUUGUGGCAGAGCUUGACUUGAGCAAAGAAAUUUUUGUAGAUGAGAAGGAAAUGGGAGUUAGGGAAAUUGUUGGAAUCCAAUCUACUCCUCACUAUAAGUUCUAUGUAAGCAUGAGUAGAGGGUUUGAUUAUAAGAGAGAUCUUAAGAUUACAGAAAUUGUGAGUUAUGUUAAGAGCAAGAUCACUCUGUCAUCUACUGAAAUCACAACCAUGGACGAUUUUGAACAAAAUUAUCACUCAAACAGACCUCUAGUCACCUUUAUUGGCGAACAAGGGACUGACAACUAUAAUGCUUAUCAAGAAACAGCAAAGCUACUAAUGUAUGACAAAAACCUAACAUUCACACAUGUAAACAGUGCAAACCUGAACCCUGAUUUAGCCUCAUCGCUAGGAGUCACUGGGCCUAUUAAGGAUUACAUGAUCAAAGUGUUCAACCCGAAUGACAACUCUGCAUCAUAUUCAAAGCCAAAGGUUGACCAUAUAGAGUUGAAAGACUUCAUCAUCAACGCUGCCUUUUCAGACUACGCAACAGAUGAGUUGCAUAUCUUACAAGAGGAUACUUUUGCGAAGAUUCUGAGCUACCACAAAGCCUUACUUCUAUUCUGUCCAGGCACAGAUGAGGCUAUGACCAAAGAGAGUGAACAAGUUGUCAAUACUUUCUUGCCCCAGCUUGACACCAUUGGACAGAGCAUCUUUGUGUUCAAAGCAAGUGAAUCAAAGAAACUCUUGAAUAUCCUAGGCCUCGAUCUUACCGAACAACCUCAGUUGUGGAUCAUGGAUUUUAGGGACCUUGAAAAAGAUCUUCAGAGAUACAAGUUCACAGGUAAUACGAUCAGCUUGCCUUUGUUGACCUCUUUUUAUAACGGAUGGAGAGAAAACAAGCUUACUGUGUAUUUCCCUCCAGAGCCUAGUAAAGGAGGAGAUUAUGAAAAUGGAGUUCUCAGACUUGAUCAGAAUAUCUUCUAUGACGUCAUUAGAAACCCAGAUUUUGAGACAAUGGUGUUCUUUUAUGUGGAUAAUUGUGAUGUCUGUGACAUGUUCAUGCCUAUCUAUGAGAAGGUAGCCAUGGAGUUGAAAGGGGUCAAUCAGAUCAAGCUUGCUAAGAUCAAUAUGAGCAUGAAUACUCUUCAGAGACAAGCUGGAGUUGAAGAUAACACUAAACUUCCGAAAGUCAUGUUCUAUCCAAAAUCUCAUCUGGAUACAGGUCUUGAGUUCAAUUCUGGAGUUCAAGAAAAAGAUAUAAUUUCUUUCCUGUAUAAGCACAAGACUUUAACAACAUCAGAGGACGAAGAAAUAAAUGAUGAUUUGUAAUUCAAU